AUAACCUGCUAUUCUGAAACUCUUCUUUCUGUCUUACCUUGCAGAGCAGUGGUAGAGGCCGUUCAUCGAUUGGAUCUCAUCCUUGGUAAUAAGGCAGCGUAUCAAGAAGUGUUCAAGCCAGAGAACAUCAGCUUGAGGAACAAGCUGCGGGAGUUGUGUGUGAAGCUGAUGUUCUUGCAUCCGGUGGAUUAUGGAAGAAAAGCAGAAGAACUGCUCUGGAGAAAAGUUUACUAUGAAGUUAUCCAGCUCAUUAAAACAAAUAAAAAGCACAUUCACAGCCGUAGCACUCUGGAGUGUGCAUACCGGACUCAUUUAGUUGCUGGCAUAGGAUUUUACCAGCACCUUCUCCUCUACAUUCAGUCUCACUAUCAGCUGGAGCUGCAAUGCUGUAUUGACUGGACACACGUAACCGACCCUCUAAUAGGCUGCAAGAAACCUGUGUCUGCAUCGGAGAAGGAGAUGGAGUGGGCACAGAUGGCAUGUCACCGAUGUCUGGUUUAUCUGGGAGAUCUAGCUCGCUAUCAGAAUGAACUGGCAGGUGUGGACACAGAGUUGCUGGCUGAGCGGUUUUACUAUCAAGCCCUUUCUGUUGCACCACAAAUUGGCAUGCCCUUUAACCAGCUGGGGACACUGGCAGGGAGCAAAUACUACAAUGUGGAAGCUACCUAUUGCUACUUACGCUGUAUCCAAUCUGAAGUGUCCUUUGAAGGUGCCUAUGGGAACCUGAAGCGGCUGUAUGACAAAGCAGCCAAAAUGUAUCACCAGUUGAAGAAAUGUGAAACCAGGAAGUUGUCUCCAAGCAAGAAACGCGGCAAAGACAUUAAGAGGUUGCUGGUGAGCUUUAUGUACCUGCAGAGUCUUUUGCAGCCAAAGAGCAGCUCUCUGGAUUCUGAGCUGACAUCUCUCUGCCAGUCUGUGCUGGAAGAUUUCAACCUGUGCUUGUUCUACCUGCCCUCUCCUCCUAAUCUGAGCUCAACUAGUGAAGAUGAAGAAGAGUAUGAGAGUGGCUACUCCUUCCUUCCUGAUCUGUUGAUCUUUCGCAUGGUGAUCAUCUGCCUUAUGAGUGUUCACAGCCUCAAGAGGGCAGGUUCAAAGCAGUACAGUGCAGCCAUUGCUUUCACGCUGGCCCUUUUCUCUCACCUGAUAAAUCACGUCAAUAUUCGCCUGCAGGCAGAGCUAGAGGAAGGGGAAAAUCCAGUCCCAGCUUUUCAGAGUGAUGGCACAGAUGACCAGGAGCCGCGGGAGCCAUUGAACUCGAUUGAGAAGGAAGCUGAAGCUGACUUGGCCAAUCAUCAGCCCAGCGAUGAGCAACGGAAGAACGACUGCAAGAAAAGCAAGAAAUACUCCCGCCUCUCCUGUUUGCGUCGCCGCCGCCACCCCCAGAAGGUAGAUGAGAGUGACCUGAGCGAGGGCUUUGACUCUGACUCCAGCCAGGGCUCCAUAAAGGGCAGCGAUGGCUCAGAAAGUGGCUCAGAGAAGAGUGAUGAGGAAGCAGAAGCUGCUUUUGAUGUGGAGACGGACUCUGACAUGAACAGCCAAGAAUCUCGGUCCGACUUAGAGGACAUGGAGGAUGAGCCGGGUGAGGAGGGAAGCGGCCGAGACAAAAGCGGGCCCAAAGAGGCCUUAAAAAACUGUGUGGAUGGCAGUGGGCUGGGGGACUCCAAGAGCCCAAGCAUCUCUAAAAUUGAGGCUCCAGAUCCAGCAGUCAAUGGGCCAGCUUCCCUGAGCACUAAUGACGCAAGCAUAGCCAGUAAUCUCCAGGCCAUGUCCACCCAGUUGUUUCAGACCAAACGCUGCUUUCGCUUGGCUCCCACUUUCAGCAACAUCCUUCUGAAACCGAACAGUGAACCACCGAUCCUGAAGGAUGGAAUGGAAAGCAAGCCAUGUGUCAAUGGAGAUCUGGAGAAGCCAAUUUUGGCAGAGCAAGAUGAUGUGUCUGACUCUGAAGAAAGCAUUUCAAGUAGCAAAUCCUGCAGGAAUGAGCGAUCCCUUCAGGAGAAGCUAGAGAUUGUGACCAACGAAGGGCUGCUUCUGACUGUCAAGGUGUUCCUGGACUGGUUGAGGACAAACACGGACCUCAUCAUCAUGUGUGCUCAGAGCUCUCAGAGCCUGUGGAACAGGCUGUCUGUGCUCCUGAACCUUCUGCCUUCUGCUGCAGACCUGCAGGAAUCAGGGCUGGCCCUGUGUAAUGAAGUCAAGGACAUUCUGAGUGGUGCUGAGCUCCCAGACCUAAAAGCCAACUUGCUGCUCCCAGAAGAUGUGGCCCUGCGCAAUCUUCCCCCUCUGAAAAAUGCACACAAGAGGUUUAACUAUGAGCAGGACCGGCCCAUUUUCUCAGCAGUUGAGGAGUCUGUUGUUCGGAUUUGCUGCAUACGGAGCUUUGGCCACUUCAUUACCCACUUGCAAGGCAGCAUCCUGCAGUUCAAUUCAGAGCUUGGGAUCUUCAUCAGCAUAGCACAGUCAGAGCAAGACAACUUGCUGCACCAGGCCCAAGCCCAGUUUCACAUGGCUGCAGAGGAAGCUCGUCGGAACAGGCUAAUGAGAGAUAUGGCUCAACUUCGACUGCAGCUGGAGGUUUCUCAGCUGGAGGGAAGUCUCCAGCAGCCCAAAGCGCAGUCAGCCAUGUCUCCUUAUCUUGUCCCGGACACCCAGGCCCUCUGCCAGCACCUGGCUGUUGUCAAGCAGCUGGCCACCAGCGGGAGGUUCAUAAUCAUCAUCCCUCGAACAGUGAUUGAUGGCUUAGACUUCCUGAAAAAGGAGAACGCAGGUGCUCGGGACAGCAUCCGGUAUCUGGAGGCAGAAUUUAAAAAGGGAAACAGGUACAUCCGUUGCCAGAAAGAUGUUGGGAAGAGCUUCGAGAGGCAUAAACUGAAGAGACAAGAUUUAGAUGCCUGGAAUCUCUAUAAAAUACUGGACAGCUGCAAACAACUGACGGUGUCCCAAGGAAACGGAGAGGAUGACACCACAGGAAUGGUCACCAUCAUCACAGGCUUUCAGCUGGAGGACCCAAGCACGUUCUCAGCGCCCAUGCAGUCUGCCAUCCAGGCAGCCACCAAUGCCAGUGUAGAAAUAAAAAAUGUUCUGGAGUUCUACAAGCAGUGGAAAGAGAUGGGCUGA